AUGUGCCGACGGCGCUCGUUUCUACUUUGCUUUUACAUUAUAAAGGAGAUUCGAGAUGUCGUGCCAAGUCUGGAAGAGGGGCAAAUAUCGGAGAAGCUUAAAAAGUUCCUUCAAAUCGGCCGGUCCUGGAAUGACGUUAUCCAUUCGCUUGCCGAAAUCGUUAGCGACUCUGCCGACGACCACAUCGGUCUUUUGGCCUGGGUGUCAUCGUACACUGCCAUUCACACCAAGUCCCGUGAAGCGACGCCGGCGGUGAAGUUGUUCUUGGAGGCGAAAAUGCCAAUCCUCUCCCCGGCCGGCACAGGUACGACUGAUGUAGGGCCAGCGGCAACUUCGGCCCCUGAACCAACAUUAUCGGGCAACGACGUGAAUAUUCUAUCAACGUUAUCGUCGUUUUUCGCACCAGAAAAGGAAAUCCCCCUGGACAUGCUUCAUCGCGGCGCAACUCCCCGCAAUCGUUGGAGUAAAAAGGGCGACAUACAAGCAAGGGAUAGCAACGUCGACUCAGAGGUAGCGGCCUUCCUGAAAGACAGAAACAGAGUCGCUCGCGCCCUCGAGAAGCUAUGCCAGUCAGGCGAGGCAGCGAAGCCCCCUGUAGCACACAUGGUACCUGAGUGGUACACGAUCAGCCAGAGCCUGAGGGAACGAACCCUAGCCAAACUCGACGGCGAGCAACGGAAGUUCUGGAAAGAACAGGCCUUAUUGGUAGCAUACUACGCGUUGCCUUGGAAGAACAUCGAGGCUAGCCUCACUGCGAUGCUGCCCCAUGUCCGAUUCGUACUGGCCGCGAACGAUCCGUUUGCCGAAGAUGCGACGACCAGUGAUACCGCGAAGGCGCUGCCUCCUGAUAUUAAGGAGGAUUUGAUCAUGACCCUCACUGAGGCUAUCCGACUGCCUGGUAUGUCAUGGAAGCGCUUUGCCAUCGAUCGAGCAGAGGAUCUCUGCUUUGGCGACGAGAAUCUGUACGCCACGAUUCGCGUCCGCGAACGUAGAAGCCUUGUUUCUAGGCUCUCAGGAAAACCCGUCCAAGCCCUCGAUCAUCUGAACCAGAGGCAGACCGACAUCGACGACCAGCGGAUCCAUGCGGCAAGAGGCUUUGUAGCUAUUGAUUGCUCUUUAAACAAAUUGCAGGUUGAACAGCUCCGAGAGGCCAAGCGGAUUCUGGACGACUGGAUGCCUCUCAACCCAAAACCCAACUUGAUGGACCAGGUCGUUAGGUUUCGCAAGUAUAGCCUUCUCGGCAAGAUCCAGCGAUAUCAAGGCAAUUUCCCCGAAGCUUUACGCCACCUUGACGUCGCUCUCAACAUCGUUGACCGAUACAAGUCUCAUGGCAGCGGUCUUAACUUCGAAGAAGAUAUCCACGAUUUGGCCUGUACCUACGCCGAUACCCUUCGGGAACAUGGAUUGUUUGAUGAGGCCGAGAAACAUUUACGGCCGAUGAUCGCCAGUACUUCCGUGGCGCCUCGAUCUCGAUUUGUUUUGGAAGCAUCAUUAGCGGAAUGUCUGUUUGCUAAAGGCCAUUACGAAGCGCGCAAAGCUUCGGGGAAGGUUACACAUGAAGCGCGUAACGCCCUCGAGAAGAGCCGCAAGCUUUGUGUACUCCUGCAGUCUCAGUCUCUUCUGAAAUUCGAACGACUUCGCACACUCCUGACACUGGCGAAGAUAUGUUUUGUUGAAGAUAAAUAUAGCGAGGCGGAAGAUUACUUCUCUAAGUCUUUCACGACGAUGAAUACGUUCGGCAGGACAAAUGGGUAUGCCACAAUGGCCAUAAUCAAAUCGAUGAUUCACACUGUGGGCAGCCGGGCGUCUCCUGAAGAUGAUGGGGAACUUGAGCGGCAGUCUAUUGAGCAGUCUUAUGAGAAGUUAAAGAUACUUGAGGAGGAAGCAGAGGAAGGUGGCAUACAAUACUGGGUCCCUGGAUUAAGAGAUUGGGAGGACUCAUUGAUGCGUCUUCCCCCUGUCCGUAGUCGCAUUUAG